AUGUCUAUCGUCAACAAAGCCCCAAUGUUCGAAAGUGAAGACUUCAUUGAUUGGAAGCUACGCAUGCAAGUGUACUUAGCUUCACUAGACGAUGACAUGAUGUACGCUAUCUCUGAUGGUCCAAUAAAGAUUGACAAGGAACGAAGCGAGUGGACAAAUGAUGAUAAGAGGAAGAACAAUCUUUACAAUAUAGCCAGAAAUGCCAUCUACAACACCCUGGAUAAAAACACGUCCGCAAAAAUCAAAGCAUGCACUACUGCCAAGGAAGUAUGGGAGAAAAUCAUCCAACUUAAUGAGGGCAACGAGCGAACCAAGGAAAAUAAAAUCAUGGUGGCCACUCAGAAAUUUGAUAACGUCAAGAUGCGCUCUAGAGAAACCAUAAAAGAAUUCGGUGAUCGCUUCACAAGUAUUGUGAAUGAACUUUCCCUUAUGGGAAAAACUUACGCCAACAAAGAGACAAUCGUCAAAGCGCUAAGAGCUCUUCCUAGUGCUUGGGAUGUCAAAACAAUGGUGAUGAUGAAAUCCUAA